AUGUUUGCGCGACAAGUCCAUGUAAAAUCGCACGUUCACGAAUUUGCGUACAUAUGGGAAAGAUCCAGGUUGAAUGAAAGCGAAAUGGCACAUCAGUCGGUUUUGAAUGAAGUUCUCGACAUAAUUGGUGGUAUCGUAGUGCAAAUAGCAAGGAAGUAUCUGUUGAUCAAACCCGAGAAGAAAUCAGUUUUUUAUUUGAUUGUCGUAUUUAUAUUAUCCAUAUUUGCUGUGUAUGUACCAUUAUCCAAUGAGUAUUACUUUGUACAGAAGGAUAACAUUUUGAACAAAUAUGGCGUAAAACUUGGUUGGUUUUGGACAUGUGUCAUUGUGGGACCGUUCGUUUGGUAUACUUCCAGGGCACACGGAAAAAAUGCGCAAGAAGCAGUAAUGGAUUUGAGUCGUAUUGUUGUUGCAACUGCUUUGUGGUACUUUUGUACGAAUAGUUUCGUAACAUUCGAACGAAUGACUGGUUAUUGUCAUGGCGCUAAGUCGAGUUCGAGAAGUACGUGCUACUCGAAUGGUGGUAAGUGGAUGCCAGGAAUUGAUAUAAGUGGCCAUUGUUUCCUUCUUAUCUACAGCAUUUUGAUUAUGUGUGAAGAGGAUUUUGAAUUGAUAAUAUCGAUACUUCAUUACCAUCAUGUCUUUCAUAAGGUUACGGGUGCAUUAAUAGCAGUUUCAUGUUGGUUCGUAACGUAUCGAUUCUGGUUUCCAAUUACACAAUUUCCACCAAUGCCGUUUCACCAACGAAUAACGUCGACCAGAUAA